CGCGGACUUUCUUGGCAGACAUGCCGAUUAGCGUGGGGAAGCUCGUCGACACACCCCACACGUUGCACAGCUAAACUCCGAAGCUAUACCCACGACUAUACGAAUUACGAAUCCUGGCGCCUUUGUUUUCGACAUCAGUAAGAGUCUGAAAGACUGCACUAGGCUAGAUCACGCAUCUCCACCUGGGCCACGCAGCGCACGCCAAACACUCCACACGUAUACAGACCUACCACCUCAUACCUCACUAUGUCGUACACGUUCUCCAUCCUAUCGCCACUCGAUGUCCCUCUCUUCACGCACGACUUCGGUACCUCACGCAGCGGCGGCACAGGUGUCGCGAACUAUACCCCCGCCGAACGCGCCCUUGUCCCGUUCAUCCUACACUCGUCCCUCGAUAUAGUUGAAGAAGUUCAAUGGGGCCCCUCUACGUCCAGUGGUUCCGCGCCCAUGUACCUUAAGCACAUCGACAAAUACCAGAAUUGCUUCGUGUCGUGCUGGAUUACCGGCGGCAAUACACGCUUCCUUCUGCUCACAAGACCACGCGACGAAAGUCUGGGGCUGACAAGUGGAGGUGCUGGAGGCGCGAGAGGAAGUCUGGCUGGAGGGAGAGCUGCAUUAGGAGGAGGUGCUGGUCUGUACAACCCUAGUAGCCCAGCCACGGAAGAGGCUGUCAAGAACUUCAUGGUCGAUGUAUACGAGGCAUGGGUUAAGACUAUCAUGAAUCCAUUCUUUGCUGUGGGCAACGGCGAAGUCAUCAAGAGCCCGGUGUUUAGGCAGAGGGUUGCGACCGCGGCAAAGAAGUAUCUAUGAAGGGAGAGAAAGCAUCACGGAAUUACCCAUUCAAGACUGGGGACGACGACAAGCGCGAAGACCCAUUUUAUACCCGGGGGCACGCUGGACGGCACAAGAACAAUUCGGAUCAUUACGACCAUCAACUCGAGAGUCUCGACCAAACAACUGCUGAAAUGUCUCAGCUGUCCUUCGCUGCGGCGCAAACCUGAGACAAUGAAGGCAAUCAGAACGGGAGUUUCUGAGCUAAUUUCAUGCCUGUCCACUCAGCACGCGCAUAGCUUCUAAUACUUGCGAGGCUAUGAGGCGAUCUGGUCGAAGUCGAGAUCGGGCUUGUCCGGAUCAUGGUAGUCGAGAACAGGAGGAUCAAUGUUUGAGAGCCAAUACGAUAAGAUUUUCGUUGCGCACGCCAUCUCCAGUGAA